AGGGAAAGUGGUAGACGUGCCAAAACAUGCUUGGUUCAAUUAGCUGUUCCUCGCUCUCUACACAAGUUCUCUAUCCAUCUCCCCCCAAACCAGGAUGUUGUACUGCAAGGAGGUUGCUUGUAAGAACUGGGCCAUGCGAGAAUAGCGUUGAGAAAUCAGCAAGGCUGAAGACAAUGGUGGUUGGAUGUAAGAAAGAGAAUCAAGAAGUGGGUUUUCAAGCUAGUGAGCGGCUUUAUCUUGGAAUGGAUUUUGGUACAUCUGGAGCUAGGUUUGCUUUGAUUGACAAGCAAGGGACAAUUCAUGCUGAAGGGAAGAGACAGUAUCCUCAAUACAUGAGGGAAAAAACAAUGGAUUGGGCACAGUCAUGGAAAACAACUCUUUUCUCACUGCUUGAAGAUAUUCCUGUUCAUCUUCGUCCACACGUUGCUUCCAUUUCUCUUGAUGGGACUUCUGCAACUACUCUCAUUAUUGAUAGCAAUACAGGAGAACCAUUAGCCAGACCUUACCUCUACAAUGAGAGUUGUCCCGAUGCUUUACCAGCAAUAAAGUCCAUUGCUCCUGUAAACCAUACAGUUUGCUCUGGUUCCUCUACCCUGUGCAAGCUUGUUUCAUGGUGGAACAAUGACAAUUCAGACAAAACAUCGACGAUAUUACUGCAUCAAGCUGAUUGGUUGUUGUGGCUUCUCCAUGGGCAGCUUGGAGUUUCUGAUUACAAUAAUGCUUUGAAGGUUGGUUAUGAUCCUGAACUGGACUCCUAUCCACGUUGGCUGUUAUCUCAGCCUUAUUCGCGACUUUUACCUGUGGUCAAAGCUCCUGGAACUUCGAUCGCCCAUUUGAAAGGGGAUGUUAGAACACUAUUUGGUUUUUCAGAAGAUUGCAUUGUAUGUACUGGGACCACUGAUAGCAUAGCAGCCUUUCUUGCAGCACGUGCAACAAAACCUGGGAAAGCGGUCACCUCUUUGGGUUCAACCCUUGCAAUUAAACUGCUAAGUACAACUAGGAUAGAGGAUGCAAGAUAUGGGGUGUAUAGUCAUCGCCUUGAUGAUAAGUGGCUUGUUGGAGGAGCUUCAAAUACUGGUGGAGCAGUUCUUAAGGAAAUUUUCACUGACGAGCAAUUGGAAAAACUGAGUGAACAUAUUAAUCCCAUGGAGAGCUCUCCCUUAAACUACUAUCCACUAAAAUCAGUCGGAGAGAGAUUCCCUGUGGCAGAUCCUAUGAUGGAGCCAAGGUUACAUCCACGCCCAGAAAGUGAUGUAGUGUACUUGCAUGGUAUUUUGGAAUCAAUUGCCCGUAUAGAGGCAAAGGCCUACAUCUUGUUGAAGGAUCUAGGAGCAACCCAAGUGGAGGAGGUGUUCACCGCCGGGGGUGGUGCAAAAAACGACAAAUGGACAAAGAUCCGAGAGAGAAUACUUGGUUUACCCGUGAGUCAAGCAACUCAGACAGAGGCUGCAUACGGAGCUGCUUUGUUGGCAAUGAAGGGUGCCUAAUAGAUGUAGUGGCUAGUGAGAGCCUUCAUUUUGAAGGAUCAAGUAUAUAAACUACGGGUAAUGUCAUUAAUUUUGGUGAAAUAAGUUGUGAUUAUGUGCCUUUUCCGCUUGCAUAAUUUGUUAUAAUUCCUCCCUCCGAUUCCCUCUUGUAGUUUAGGAGUAAGGUCAGUUAAUUUCAACUGGAACCUGUUGUUUCCAACCCCACCUGUACAAUAUGCCAAAAUAAUGAACAUGAGACAUCAAACUAUAAUUGACCAAUGCUGAGAAUAAAGCCGGUUGACUUGGUGUAUUCGAAUAUUUGUCCACUAAGUAUAGUAACUACUCCUUUCUCCAC